CCUAUCCGUGGAUCGGGAGGCUUCCUUUCUUCUAGCCCGGCGGUGGCCGCCGGUAUGAUUGACGGCGUCUGGAGUGCGCUGGCACCUGAUAUGAAGCCACCAAUCAAAACAUUGUUCAAUCCCAACUUUUGCGAGCCGUCUGAGCUGCGACAGCCUUCGAAUAUUGUGACGCCAGGGGGAUACUUUGUUACAACAGACAUGAAAGCGUGGGCACCGCCCGGACCAGAAAGGAUUGUCGACCUUCCAGAAGCCAGCACAGUCGGUACGCUGUACAACACGCCGUCCCUAAAUGAAGUUUUUGCCUUCCGCUCAGCGAAUCGUCCAAACGCGAGGGACGGUUCACUCGUUGGAAGUGACGCGGAAUCGAGUGCAAAACGGCCGUCUCAACCGCAGGCCUCUAUUAAUGGGGGGCUGAUCCAGUUUGAACACGACACGAAUCAGAACGGCCAAACUGUGAUGGUUGCUCGGUCCGUGUACGAGGGAACAGACAAUAGCGUCUCUGGAGACUUCUCUACCAAGGAUGAGGGCACCUCUUCGAGGCAGGACUCGAACAAAAUUCGCCCGAAAGAUGGAGAGCCUGUGCCUCGAGCGAGUCGGCCAAAAGAGCAUGCUGUUGACGUUGCGACUACCUCGGCUUUCCGACCUCGGGAAUACAAAGAAGUUCAUUCCACUGUUCUCCAGGCAGAUCCGACUCCGGCUGACAGUCCAAGUGUGCCCAAGGAGCAUGUGCAGGCGGCACCUCUGCCCUUGAAACCGUUGGUCGAACUGGAUUCCCAGUUGAGCCUUCUGUUUGGAAGUGAUGUCGUGGACCAACAGGGGCCACAAAAUGAGACGACGAGGCCCACGCUAGCCACUGCUCCAACACCCGGCAAAGCACUGGAGGAAACAGUCCAAUCUUACAUCGUGCACCAGAUUCAGGCGCUCGAUGAUAAGCAGGUGGACGCCCUCUUAGAGAAGCUCCUAGGAGAGACUACGUUACCUGAUGUAGUGUCCGGCAACAGUCGGCUGUUAAGGAGCCUCCAAGCAUCGGAAAAGAUAAACUCUCCAGAGGGCCUGGACACGCUUUUCGAUCUGGGGCUGCUUGCAGCCGGUGCUGCUGCCAUUGAGUUUUUCCCUUUCAACAAAAAGCCGUUGGUCAGCACGGUAGGAGUGCAAAAUCCCCUGCAGUUCGGCAUGAAUGUAAUGAAUGCCAAUUGGGCGGCUCAAAUCCAUUGCCUGACGCCAGUUGCAACGGCUUACUCCCCUUUGGGAACUGUCAUUGUGGAUCUGGCCAACCGUAGUGGGUCCCCUUCGAUCAUCCGGAACGACUUGUUUGAAGCAUUUAUCAAAGGGAACAGGGACAACGGCCGUAAACCUUUGGUUUCAGUUGUCGAAAUGUCCAAUUUGAGGGACGUUCGCCGAGAUUUCGUACUCAUUGUCUGCAGCCGACCUGGUCGGUAUAUCACAAAAUUCCAGGUCGAGAUUUUGUUCGCCGGCCAAGAAGGGAGAGCGGUCAACGUUUGCCCCAUCGAAGUCUUGUGUCAAGAGGGUUUGGAGAUCGCUCCGUCGGAGCUGGCUCUGAGCUUCGAAACCGAAGAAGAGGGCGAGGAGGAAGAGCAGCCGCCCACGGACGAGCCCGAAAAGAAGAAGAAACACAAGAAAUGA